CACGUGUAUUAUCUACAUAAUCUUAUCACCACAAAUGACAACGGUUAACUUUGAGUAUAUAUAAGCUAAAGAAAGGAGCUUCGAAGUAUCAGUACCUUCUCUGGAGUAAUACGACGACCAAGCAACCACCACUUUAAAGAUGAAAAUCGUAGUGGCAUUGUUGGCCCUCGUGGCUAAGGCGACCUUCGAGUUACUCCUAACACUCGUUGAUAAAUACACACCCGAGGACAAGAACUUGAUCGCAUACUUCCAACGCAUAAUCGCAUACUUGCAAAGCGAUGAAUUCAGAACUCUCGUGAAGAACGUCGAAGACACAGAGAAGAUUCGCGCAACACUAUUCGAGGGAUAUGAGAUGGGCAUUGACGUCUACAGAUAUGUGAACCAACUAAACGAUUAUCUCCACCUGCCUCACAUUGAGCCGCCCACGAAAGCCUGGUUUUACGCCAAAGAUCGCAAGAACAUCCGUAAAUUACUCGACGAAGCCGAAGCCAUAGACUCUGUCGAUAAAUUGAAGGCCCACUACGAGAAAAAACUGAAAAAUAAUCAAUUUUGGGAAAAGUUAAUAGACCAAUUCAAAUCUGACAAGUUCCAACAGAUCGUCAACGACGUCUUUAAAACGACCGUCACCUCGCCUGAGUUCAAGGAACUCAUAACUAAUGAGCCAUGCGUCGAAUUUCUACGCCUCAUAAGAUUGUUACAGGAGAUGUUGGGCAUCCACAUUCCUAUCCCUCCAUACUAAUAUUAUCAUGAAACUUGGGAUCCCUUUUUAUCAUCGGAUCAAUGGCAUUUUUUCUAAAAGAACUUGUGUCGUCUUGCAAAUUUUAAAUCUGGCUAUGUAAAUUCUGUACCUCGCAGUUGUAUAAAAUAAUAAAUACAAACUUUACUACUAUGUACA